AUGGCGGAGUUCGUGCUUGGAUUGACCAAGACGGCGGUGGAGGGGACGCUGAUCAGGGUGAAGUCGGCGAUUGAGGAGGAGAGAAGCCUGAGGGUGCGUGUGCAGGACGACUUGCUGUUCAUCACGGGGGAGUUCGAGAUGCUGCUGUCAUUCCUCAGCGUGGCCAACACGGAGCGCACCAGCAAUCGAGUGGUGCGCACCUGGGUGAGACAGCUUCGCGAGCUGGCCUUCGAUGUCGAAGAUUGCGUCGAGUUUGUUGUCCAUCUCGACAAGCCGUCGCGGUGGGACUGGGUGCGGCGCCUCACCUCAUCCCUCAUCUGUAUGUCAAGGCCGCCGUUGCCACUUGACGAGGCGGUCACCGAGAUAAAGCAGCUCAGGACCAGGCUGGAGGAUGUAAGCCAAAGGAACACCCGCUACAGCCUCAUCGGCGCAGGCAACGACGACUCUUCCUCUGGCUCCAAUCCCGGCCUUGUCGCGCCGGCCACUGCUGCUGAGGCAGCAGCAACAGCAUUCCACAUCCUCUGCGAGGUGUGGGAGGCCACAGGGAAGAAGCAACACGACAUCGGCCAAGGUGACUUGAAGAAACUGAUCGACUGUCAAGGCAGUGACCUUCAAGUGCUCUCGGUGUGGGGAAGUACAGGAGGAGGAGCCGCACCUGAUAUUGGGCCGUCGAUAACUCAUGUUAUCAGGAAGGCGUACGAUGAUCCAGAAAUCUGUCAAGUAUUCAAAAGUCGCGCCUGGGUGAAGCUGGUGCAUCCUUUUAACCCUGAUGAGUUUCUCGAGAGCUUGCUCACUGAGUUCUUCGCCAACUCUCACCAAGAAAAAAUAUGUGUUGUCGAUGAUCUCAAGAAGGACAACCUCAUGCAGCAAGUAAGGGAGCAGAGGUAUCUCAUCGUUCUAGAUCAAGUAUCCACUGUGGAAGAUUGGGAGGCCAUAAGAAUGUACCUGCCGGACAGUAAUAAGGGCAGCCGGAUCGUCAUGUCCACGCAGAGGUUAGGUAUUGCCCUUUUGUGCACGGGGGAGCCCUACCAAGUAUCCGAGAUUACACGCUGCUCACAUUCUCAGCCGCGCUUCUCACGUUCUCAGCCACUUCGUGCCAUUUAUAACAAGGGCUCUGGUCACCGCAGUGGUAUUGGUGAAUUUAUUCGACAGUUAAGAUCCCGUGGUGUUAUCUCCGUGUGGGGGGCUGGUUGUGAUGAAUCACUUCUCAUCCCUAAUUUGUGCCAAGGCAUAAUGGAUAAGUCCAGAGUAUUUGACGGACUAAAAUUUCAGCACUACUUGGAAUUCACUGUAUCUGAUGACCUUGAUUUGUUGAUGGAGAUGGCUGCAGAAUUAUGUAUAUAUUCUAAUCCACAAGAUCAACAGCACAAGAUGAAAGACAAAUUCCAUGAGAUGGACAGAUCAAAGAUCAUUGAAACUUGGUGUACAUUUCUGGCUGCAUACGAUGAGUUGUACCUCAUCGUUAUUAUGGGUCUCAAAUCCAAGGAUAACUGGGACUUGAUUAAAAAAAAUCUCUUAUUCGAGCCUACUAAAUGUUGUGUCGUCGUUCUUACAGAAGAUGAAAUUCUGGCCAGACACUGUGUAGAUUAUGAAUAUCGAACCCACAGGUUGGAAGAUAUUCAGCAGGAUUAUCAACAAAAUUGUGGACAAGGGGGUAAAAGAAGAGAAGAGGAAAAUUGGAAGCUUGUUAGGCGUGAAGAUGAUAUGAAUCGCAUUGGCAAUUGCUUAGCCAGACAUGGUGUGAUCUCUGUGUGGGGGAUUGCUGGUGUUGGGAAAUCAGCUCUUGUCAGAAACUGGACUUCUGUCGGCGUCUACUUUUGGAUUUUUAUUCUGAUGAUCUUCAAGCCAAAGAAACUGCACUUGUUGUCCACACACGACUGGGAUUUGAUAAAACCAUUGUUCAUGUCCCAACAUUCUGAAAGUCAUAUCAUUCUCAUAACAAAUGAAGAAAGAGUUGCCACGCAUUGCACAUAUAACACAGAUGGUAUGGUCAACGUUAAAUGCCUAGAAGCUGACGCAGCCAUUGAACUCUUCAAGAGGGGUGGCGGCUGGGGAGGGAUGUGUUGCGAGCAGAACGGGACAUGCGCAGGUGGACUUCGAGGCAGUGCAAUCGAGGUCGGCAGCAUGCUGAGCACCACGGUGCCCACCGCAGCCGUCAUCUCCCCAUGA